AUGCUGGGAGGAGCUUAUCAACGAGGUGGAGAAGGACCCGUGGGGCAAGCCGUAUAUGCCGUCAUGACCCAUCUAAAAAACAAGCCAAUGCCGUCACCCACAUGCCCACAGCUUUUACAGACGAUCGUCACCGCGCUGUUUCCCCAACAACGAGAAUUCAACUACCCGCCAGUACAGUGUGAAGUGGAAGAGAUCCCGCCCAUUACGAACUGA